AGUAUUUUUUAUUUGUGGAAGUUGUGCUAAUCCUCUAGCGGUGGCUGUGCUGCAGUAAUGAAGGAGGCCUAGCUCCAGUAGGAAAACCCGAGCUGGAGAUGUUCAGAGCCCUUCACUCUGUGCUCAGCUACACGUUUCAGACCCGUCAACCAUGACGUGACUUUCAGUCUCACGGUUUCUAGAAAAUGCGUCGACACCUUCGUCUUGUGUCCGUGUGUGUGAUAUCGGUGUUCGUGUCGGGGCUGUACGUGUUCGAGCAACUCGCGUCCUCUCUGGAGACCGACGCCGGUGCAGGAGGCCUCAGCCCGCCUCACCCCCAGCACAGAGCCUAUUUUUCUCGUUCUGUCAGGUGUAAGUCAGUGUCUGUCACACACUGGAAUCCCUAUUGGAGACUGCCCCGUGAUGUUUGUGGAAAGAACUGCUUUAUGGAGUCGGCUCGUAGGUAUGCUGUGGAUAAAACAUCGUCCGAGAUGGACAGAGCUGAGCCGGUCAGGUUGGCAGUGGUGGCAUGUGGGCCCAGGCUGGAGGAGACUCUCACCAUGCUGAAGUCUGCGGUUCUCUUUAGCCACAGAACUCUCCACUUUCACAUCUUUGCUGAGGAUGAACUCCAUGCUGGCUUCCGAGAUGCUUUGGAGUCGUGGCCAGGCAGCUUCCGUUCUAAAUUUAACUACACUACCUACCCCAUCACCUUCCCCAGUGACAAUGCCAAGGAAUGGAAGAAACUGUUUAAACCCUGUGCUUCCCAGAGACUUUUCCUGCCUCUGAUCCUAACCGAGGUGGAUUCUCUGCUGUACGUGGACACCGACAUCCUGUUCCUGCAGCCAGUAGAGCAGAUCUGGAACUUUCUCUCCCAGUUUAACAGCACUCACAUGGCAGCCAUGGCGCCUGAGCACGAGGAGCCGAGAAUCGCCUGGUAUAACCGUUUUGCACGGCACCCGUAUUAUGGCGAGACCGGUGUCAACUCUGGAGUCAUGCUUAUGAAUAUGACGCGCAUCAGAGCCAAACGCUUCAAGAACGAUAUGACAACAGUUCACCUGAGAUGGACGGACUUGCUUAUGCCACUACUACAGAAAUACAAGCUCAACAUUACAUGGGGGGACCAAGACCUCCUCAACAUCAUAUUCCACUACAAUCCAGAAAGCCUGUUUGUGUUCCCGUGCCAUUGGAACUACCGGCCAGACCACUGCAUCUACGGCAGCAACUGCGCUGCUGCUGAGCGUCAUGGUGUUUACGUUCUCCAUGGCAAUCGAGGUGUUUACCAUGAUGACAAACAGCCUGCAUUCCGAGCCGUUUAUGAAGCCAUUCAGAAAUACCCAUUUGGAGAAGAUGCAGUCAGUUUCCUACUUAAACCUUUAGAGGAAAAACUAAAGACUACCAUGCAUACAUACUGUGGAAGAUCCAGUCACCUUUUCACUAAGAAAUUACAGGAGAGCAUAAGAAAACUUCAGAAUGAUAAUCACAAUACAAGAUGAUCUCAUCCAGCUCAACCCAAGUGAGUUUGUUUCAUCCACACUGUUGCUAAGAAGACGUGAACAGUGGUUCAAAUCAGGUCGUGGUGAUGGUCCUGUAUGAGUGAACUGGAGGUUGAAAUGAGGCACUGAAAUCACUUUUAUAUCUCCUCACUACAGUCCUGUUUCCUUUUUGUCUUUAAUCAUCAGCUAAUGAUGUUUAAGUGUGUUGGUACUGCAGGCUGUGAAUAUUGUUAUGAGUAAUAUUAGGAAACAUGGAAUUCCGAGUAAAAUUUCAUCACCUAAACAUUAAGCCUUAUUUCUUUCCAGGGAUAGUUAAAUAAAUUGUGUCUGCUGA